UACAUACUCUCACAUUCACGCACCAGCCAGGCCUCAGGAGCGAGACCACCAAUUCAUUGGUUCCGUCUUCCGUUGACGUUGGCCCCUCUCCACCGCUGUGAUUCUCCCCAAGCUAUUUUGACGUACAAUUGGAAUUUCAGUCAAGAGGAGUAUGGGGGCGAGUAGCGAUCCGACUCAGGAUGGUUCGGACGAGCAGCAGAAGCGGUCGGAGAUAUACACGUACGAGGCACCCUGGCACAUCUUCGCCAUGAACUGGAGCGUCCGCCGCGACAAGAAGUACCGGCUGGCCAUAGCCAGCCACCUGGACCAGUACCCGAACCGCGUAGAGAUCGUUCAGCUGGACGACUCCAACGGCGAGAUCCGCUCCGACCCCAACCUCUCCUUCGAGCACCCCUACCCUCCCACCAAGACCAUCUUCAUCCCUGACAAGGAGUGCCAGAAGCCCGACCUCCUCGCCACCUCCAGUGACUUCCUCCGCGUCUGGCGCAUCUCCGACGACCACCGCGUCGAGCUCAAGAGCCUCCUCAACGGCAACAAGAACAGCGACUUCUGUGGGCCCCUCACCUCCUUCGACUGGAACGAGGCCGAGCCCAAGCGCAUCGGCACCUCCAGCAUCGACACCACCUGCACCAUCUGGGACAUCGAGCGCGAGAUCGUCGACACCCAGCUCAUUGCCCACGACAAGGAGGUCUACGACAUCGCAUGGGGCGGCGUCGGCGUCUUCGCCUCCGUCUCCGCCGACGGCUCCGUUCGCGUCUUCGAUCUCCGUGACAAGGAGCACUCCACCAUCAUCUACGAGAGCUCCGAGCCUGACACCCCCUUGGUCCGCCUCGGCUGGAACAAGCAGGAUCCCAGAUAUAUGGCCACCAUCAUCAUGGACAGCGCCAAGGUCGUCGUCCUCGACAUCCGCUACCCAACGCUACCCGUCGUCGAAUUGCAGAGGCAUCAGGCCUCCGUUAAUGCCAUUGCCUGGGCUCCCCACAGUUCCUGCCACAUCUGCACGGCCGGCGACGAUUUCCAGGCCUUGAUUUGGGACUUGUCCUCCAUGGGCCAGCCUGUCGAGGGCGGCUUGGAUCCCAUUCUCGCGUAUACCGCCGGGGCAGAGAUCGAGCAGCUGCAAUGGUCCUCGUCCCAGCCCGACUGGGUUGCCAUUGCUUUCUCCACCAAGCUUCAGAUACUUAGGGUAUGAUGUGUACUCGUUUUUUUCUUUUUUCUUUCUUUAACUUACCAUGUCCAUUACAUAGCGAGGUUGAGUUUGCGAUAAGAACGAUCUAUGCCUUGCCUUCAAUUGUCUGUUCGUCCUUUGGAUUCAAAUCCAAUGAUUAUUAGUAGUUUGCCUAUUAA